AUCCCCUGAUUGUGUGCUUGCUCCAGCUUCCCUCGCCUGCCUGACUGUCAGUAAUCCACUUCGGCAUUCCGUAGUACGGAGUGCGGGGUUGGCAAAAGGGAGGGAGGAGAGGAGGAGGCAGCUGCAGAAGUUGAUUUGGCCACGCGCCAUGGAGGUAUCGGGAACCGGUACGGAAUGGCUCAUGCCACAAGACAUGGAGGAGAAUGCUCAGCUGGUGAUUG